UAUUCACUAAGCAGAACUGGAGCAGUUCAAAGCUUAGAUUUAUUUGAGAGAAUUUCAGAAACUUGAUCAAAUUUAUAGCAGGAAUUUAAGAAUGAAAACCACAAUCACAUCAUGGGCCGAUGAGGUGGAGGCGGACUAUGUGGAUGGACUGCCGCCAUCCAAGGAGCAUUUGGAUGGGGACUACAAACACGUAACCGAGUACAAGUUCAACGAUGAGGGGAAGAAGGUCAAGGUGGUGCGCAGCUUUAAGAUAGAGAAGAAGAUUGUUUCGAGGGCAGUGGCAAAGCGCCGCAAUUGGACCAAGUUUGGCGACUCCAAGCUAGACAAGCCCGGUCCCAAUUCAUACACCACCAAGGUGGCCGAUGAGAUCCUGAUGAACUACAUGGGCUCCAAGGACUUUGAGCACACACAGGAUCCACUGGACGCCGGCAAACCCAUUGCCAAGUGCCGCAUAUGCAACGGCGAGCAUUGGUCAGUCAAAUGUCCUUACAAGGGCACGUCCAUGGACAUUGAGAGCAAGGCGAUUGCAGCGGCAACUGCAGCUGUAGGCGAAACCAGCAAGACGGGCAAGUAUGUGCCGCCUUUCCUGAAGGAAGGCGCCAAAGGUCGUGAGCGCGACGAUUCAUCGGCUGUGCGCAUUUCCAACCUAUCCGAGUCGAUGACAGAGGACGACCUCGAGGAGUUGGUCAAGAAAAUUGGCCCGCACACCAAGAUGUAUUUGGCGCGCGAGAAGAACUCGGGCUUGUGUAAGGGAUUCGCCUAUGUGCACUUCAAAUAUCGCAAAGACGCAGCCGAAGCAAUUGAAAUACUCAACGGACAUGGCUAUGAUCACUUAAUCCUCAGCGUGGAGUGGUCCAAGCCGCAAAACUAAACACACAUCUUGUCCGGUACCCUGCCGCAUAUGUGCGUUAAAUGUGGCGAGUGCAAAGUUGCGAAAGAAUUGAGGCAAAGUUAAAACAAACUAAAAAGUUUGAGUAAAUCCGAUAAUGCCACGUUUUAAAUGCGAAUUUUUUACACGUGACAGCACAAAGAAAUUCCCACACAAAUGUACAUACGUAAGCAGAUACACACACACACAAACAGAUACCCUCACAUACGGACGUGAAUACGGAAAGGAAAAGCCACUUAAA